AUGGAAUUAAGGAAAAGGACUACUGUCCAUAACGAAUCAAUUGACGAAGCCUCUCCACUCCAGAUUGAUGGGGAUCACUGUGAGCAUACUAAUGGCAAUGAUAUUGACAUCAACAGUAUUGACCUCACCGAGUGGGAGAUCAAGAAACUCAAGAGAGAAGCGAGGAAGAAGAAGUGGGUUAAAAGACUGAAUAUUUGUACUGAAAAGCUCCAUGCAUUGAUCUGGGUACUCGUAGCAGCAUUUGUAAUCUACAAGACUAACUUCUUCAGAGUUAUAUGGGAGCAUCCUUACCGAAACAUCAUCUUCUUGGAUAUUUGAGUGAUUGGACUCACCAUAUACCUUGUGAUGGUUGUAUAUCUUACCUUGUUCUUGCCAAUAUUCAGAGGUAUUGAGAAUUGGGAAGAAGUUUAUCCAAAUGUGAUUCCGUUCUUAUCAAUAGUAGGCGUGGUGACUUUCUUCUCCUCCUUCCUGGCUUUCUUCCCAAUAUGGGGAUUCUUGACUGUUCCCAUAAUCCUGGUAAUCUUCAUGGGAUACUCUAUGUCUUUGACUUUCUUGCCAGGAGGAUAUUUUGGAACUCUUUUGGCAUUGCUACUGCUGUUUGGAAUGUCUGCUACUUCUCACUACAUUCCUCAUGAAGGACAUUGGCAGAAUCUUCCUUCUACUCAAGAAUUGUAG